ACUACUAUGAACAGCGGCCCCAGGCACCAGUUCGUCGAAAAGCACAUCGACCGCUCCUGGAGGGAACCGAGGCUCGACAGCUGACACUGGCCCGCCCGCAUAUCCCUCCGUUCCCGAACCCAGCUACUUCGUACAUACAUACAUACAUUUGCGCAGCCACGGCCUGGCACGGCUGCCGGGGGGAAGGGGCUCCUAGACACCACCCUCCCUCUCGGGCUACUCCCGGUGUCGAGUGAGCAGACACGGCUCCGUUUGGCCUCAGCACGAGGGCCCAGAAAUAGGCCAACCGCCCGUCACUGCCGACUAUUAAGGCGGUGCAGAGACUCCCUGAGAGGGGGGAUUACGUGCUCACCCUUCCUGGUUGCCUCUUCAUUCAGGACUGUCCCCCAUUUCUGCCAACGCGAUCCAGAGAAUUUAACGCCAAAUUCGAGCCCGGCAUCCAACGACUGCGGAACCGGCGACUGACCGCCGUCAACCACGGCCAUGAGCAGCGAAUCCACCGUCGCCAGGGCGCCCGAGGAGGUUGAAGUCAGUCACUUCCCCGAGGUCAUCUUCCCCGCCGGCAAUUCCGACUUCCGUGCGGUGCGGAACCGGUGUGCACAAGCAUGUCGCGUCUUCAAUAGUACACCAGACGAUGCGGACCCGGAGGAGCGGAGCCAGAAGUGGCUUGACAUUGUACGGCCGGACCGCGACCGGGCCGAAGACGGCAUCUUGGCCGUCACCCACGACCAAACCUUCGCCGACCCAACGCUCAAGGCCAAGACGCCGUUUGUCAAACCGCCCGUCUUUAUCGACUAUGGCAUCCGCCUGCACGUCGGGGGUUCCACCUUCAUCAACAGGAACUGCAUGAUCAUGGACACUCCCGUGGCCGACGUGGUCAUUGGCGAAGGCUGCAACAUUGGCCCUAACUGCUGCAUCGUCGGGGUUACUCAUCCCGUGCGACUCGACGAGCGUCUCCAGAAGUACAGCAUUGGUCAGCCGGUUACGAUUGGCGAUAACGUCUGGAUCGGAGCCAAUGUCACCAUCUUAGGCGGCGUGACGAUAGGCUCCGGCGCAGUGAUCGGCGCCUGCUCCCUCGUGAAGCACGACAUUCCGCCCCUAAGCGUCGCCUUCGGCGUCCCCGCACGCGUCGUAGGCUCGGUCCACGACAUCCCGCCGACUCCGCCUGACGCCGCUGUUUUCACGCAUACGCUGGCCGAGGCCAAGGCGCUGAGCAACCGCCUCCCGCUCCCGCUACCACUGGCGGAAGACGAACAAGAGGAGGGGGACGGAGAGGAAGAAGCGGAGGAAGAGGAGGGUUUGCUGGAUUUCGACCUGCUGGAGCUGCUAGGGAUGGAGAGUGGGGAUGAACCCGAUGACGACGACGAAGAUGCGGACGAGCGCGGCCUUUUAUUCCGCCGGGCGGCGACACCUCCGAGGCGGCGCUUUUCAGUUGUGUCCGGGUCAACGGCGCACAAUAGUCGCCUCCUGCGUGCUGGACCGAGGGAACGGCUCAACAUCGACCAAGAUAUGGAUAGGAUGGUCAGGGCCUUGUUGCUGCGGCGGCAAAGACAGCAAUGUCGGCGACUGAAGAAGGCAUGGGCGACGAAGGCGAUUGCGGCUAUGGCGGUUGUGACCGUCUCGAUGGUUCUGUGUUUCUUGUUGGGAUUAUACCUGGGGGCGAGUAAAAUCUCGCAAAGGGCCACCGGCCUAGGAUAGUUGUAAGGCUGCGGCUGCGUACAUCUUAUAGACUGGGAUAUGGCGUCUAUGGAUGGCAUCCUUUCUGGUUUCUCGGGUCGGAUACCGGGCUCAGGGGAUAGAAGAUGUGACCGGCAAGGAAUUUUCUCCAAGUCCGAAGGAGUCGGUUUGUUUUAUUUUAAUGGACGCCCGAAGAUUGGGUUAUUGUUUUUUGCGA